AUGAGCGACGACGCCAGAAAAUCUUUAAAUUUGGCAUUGAGCUAUUACGAUAAAGGUAAUUUACAAUCUGCACUCAAAUUCGCCAAGAAGUCUAUACGUAUUGAGCGUAUACAGCAAGCUAUUGAUUUGAUUGACGAUAUCGAGAAGAAACUCGCGAAUGGAGAGACCGGUACAUCUACAGCCUCAUCUGCUCAGCCUAACAAGGAUAACUUACGCAAUAGACAAGAAAAACCACAGCCAAAAGAGGAACCCAGCAAGGGUUGGACACCAGCUCAGCAGACACUAGUCAAGCGUGUAAGGAGCUGCAAGCCAACUGCUUAUUAUGAAAUAUUAGCACUAGAGAAGACUUGUUCUGAUAACGAUAUCAAGAAAGCCUACAGGAAACUCGCACUUCAACUACAUCCAGACAAGAAUUCGGCCCCAGGUGCAGACGAAGCUUUCAAGUUAGUUAGUAAAGCAUUCCAGGUUCUCUCAGAUGAAGACAAGCGUGCUUCUUAUGACAAAUUCGGUUCAGAUCCUGAUGCCAGAUUCGGAUCUGGUGGUGGAGGCGGAGACCCAUUCGCAGGUAUGAGAACGCGUAGUGCAGCUGGUCCUCAAUUCGAGUCCGAGGUCAGUCCUGAAGAUUUAUUCAAUAUGUUCUUUGGCGGUGGAAUGGGUGGAAUGGGUGGUGGUCCAUUUGGUGGAAAUGCCUUUGGAGGUGGUCCAUUUGGUGGAAAUGCCUUUGGAGGUGGUCCAUUUGCUAGUUCAUUUGGUGGACCAGGCUUCUCUAUGAGAUUCGGUGGACCAGGAAUGAAUAGUUUCCCUAAUACCCGUAGAUAUCCUAGACAACAGCAAGCACAACCUCAAAGUAUGAUGCAACAAUUACUUCCAAUAUUGAUCCUCAUAGGUUUCACAAUGAUAAGUUACCUACCAUCUCUUCUAGGCUCUUUGUUCAGCGUACCACCUCCAGCAUUCUCACUUGACAAAACUGUAUUCUACUCACUGGAAAAGACAACGGGAUCACCACACAAUGUAAAGUACUUUGUUAACCCAUCUCAGUGGAGGGACCACCCCUACUCGCAGAACAAAGAAGUGCCUCAGACAUUUAGCAAGGAAGUUGAAAAGCUGUUAGCCCAGAGGCUAGGCAGGAAGUGCAAAUACUGGCUACAAGAUAGAGAUAGGAGAAUAGAAAGAUACUCUGGUUUCUUCGGAAUUGGAAAAGAUGAUGAAAAACUAGAAAAAGUCUAUAAAGAGACGAAUGAAAAUUGUAACAGGUUGAGAGAACUUGGAUACUCUGUCAACUUGUACUAAUUUGCUAUUAUUCUAUGUCAAACAUUUUUCA